AUGGUGGAUCAAGUGGAACAGAGUGCCGGCAACUAUGUGGUUGCCCAGAUCUCACGGGAUUCAUUCUGUGUGAUUUGGGAUCAGAGUCAUGUCUCCCGUCCGCAUGGGUGCCCAACAUGGUUCAAAGGUCGUCCCAGGUUCAGGUCGGUCCACAUUGUGGAAGUGGACAAGGAAGAUAGCAACCGUGUUGUGCUUAAGUGCUCAUGCCGCCAUAAACAGCACUAUGGAUUGCCCUGUUGCCAUUUACUCUCCAUUGAACACCAAUACAAUCUUUCCGAUAUUGCCUGUUGUUGGCGCAAUGACUAUGACUUGUAUGCGUAUUCAAACGGAAAAGAGAAGACUAUGACCAAAUUGUUUGCUGAAUUGAGCAAGGUUGAACACCAGGGAAUCCUGGUAAAGAGUGAUUGGUUGAAAGAAAGGCUAAAUGGGGGUGGCUGGACAGAGCUUCCAACCCUGUCUAAUUACAUUGAAUAG